GCGUGCACCGACGCAUCACCGCCGCACGCAAAUGGCAUAUGAGCUCAGAGGCUGGCUCCGUUCACGCGUGCACGCACGCAUGUACGUAUAUACGCUGGCCGCUGCCGCGGAAUAUAAUAGCGGUAAUACGAUGGAACUGGGGCAGUCUUGCUUUGACGCGCGUCUUAGGAGCUUCCACCUGCUGCUCGUCGCGCGAGUUAACAGUCACGUUCGCUCUGACCGUUCCCGAGAUGGGGCGACUACUCAUAUGGAUGCACUUCUUGCUGCUAAUCGUCCUGUUAGCAUCGGUGCAGAAAGCUGCAGCAUGCAGCUGUGCGCAGGCCCAUCCGCAAACCAAAUUUUGUGAAUCGGAUUUUGUCGUGGUGGUGAGGGUGAAAAAGGUUCUCCCCGUGAGCGACUAUGAGAUCGCUUACAAGGUCAAGAUAAACAGGGUGUUCAAGUCGAACCCGCAGGCCGACAUGGCAUUGAUGCAGAACCUUUUACGGACACCGUCCUCGGACUCGAUGUGCGGAGUGACGCUGAACGUCUCCGAUACGUACGUUGUAAACGGAAGAAUCGUCUCAGGGAAAGCGCUCAUAUCGGUCUGCGGACUCUCGAUAAAAUGGUCCGAAACGACCACCAGGCAACGCAAGGGAUUGAGACAGCUCUAUCAGCAGGGCUGCGUGUGUGACAUUCUGUACACACACUGGUGGCGCAAGGGCGCCGUGCUGGAGUCCAGCGGCGGGAAGAAUUGCCUGUGGGAAAGCACACCAGGCCCCCAGGACUGCCAAGAAAAAUACGGCGUGUGCAUGCCAACGGCCAGCGGCUGCUCCUGGACUCCCUCGGUCCCGUACAAGAAUUGCAUCAAGGAAUACCAGCGUAAACGCGAGCAGCAAAGGUCGCGGGAACCUUAAUUGACACUUUCGCAUAAUAUCGUGCCUCUUCGUGUCCCCGUAUGCGAGACGGGAAGCGACGACGGAAUUUAUCGAUUGUAAAACGACGCGGCGUGUCUGCCAAACAAUUUGAUGACGGACGCACCGCGGCGCGUGAUCGAGUCACCGAGAGGCGCUGCGGUGUUGCCUUGGUAAUUUAAUGGAAAGCUGCAUAUUUGCAGCACCGUGAAAAUGCAGCGAGAGACCCGAAUCCGCUACUAUAUAUUGCAUGGAAUAAUUGAGUAACACGAUAGCACAUACAUUAAUGGGUUACCGCAUAUACACAUGGAUGCGCGAGGCAAAGAAGUCCCCGGUUUUUUUUCCACAGUUUCAUUUAUCAUUAAAAGCAUAAUAAUACUCUGCGGUUUUAUAAACUGCCUUUAUACUUUCAGUAGUAUCUUCGAAUAAAAUCGGAUUUAUUUCAUAGUGACAAUGUGUUAGAAAUCUUUGAAGCUGAAAAGUAGACAAAUAAGCUUGUAGCUCGUUACUUGUGAGGUCAUUAACGAUUGAUUUUCAUGCUUUUUUAAUACAGAUUUUGAUAUAGAAACGAUUAUAACGAGGAAUCGAUGCUAUGCAGUUACGACUACGGAAUCGCCUAUUGUUCGUUAAAUUAUUCGUGACUUCAGUUCGAUAGCAAUAAGCUUGGCUAAUUUUCUCUUACAAUUAGUUCAUAAUGGCAGUUUCACUCGUUUAACAUUGUGACUAUAACGCAAACAGAAAAAGUAUUAAUUAAUUGGUAUAGGUCUGCCUGACUUUGUGGUGCAACCGGUCUUUAAUUAUUCGAUUAUUGUUAACGAAGGGGUAAGUUUGCAUCGCUUAGGUAUAUUUUGAAACGCGUGAAUAUGCAUUUCAUCGCUGAAAUAUAUAUGAGUGACCUACUUUAACGAUUAUUCUCUCUCUCUCUUAACAAGUUGUAUAUAUUAUAUAUUGUUAAUAUAUAUUAUGUAUCGUUAAAUUAUUCCACUUAUCGUUUCGCGUUGUAUGUAGUCUUAGCCGUCGUUACAAAUGCACUCGUAUUUUAAUGCGUUUCACGUAAUAUUUUACGUGCAUUUUUAGAUCUAAAUUAGAUUGUAAUACUUUGCGUAUACAUAUUUGCCGUUACAUAGAUCAUUAUUCAUGAUCCGUAAACUGUUUAAUAAAAUGAGAACACUGAGUAUCUGCGAAUCUAUAGCCUUACAUAUAACCUUCUACACACAAAUGAAGAAGGUUUUGCUGUUGCAUUGUAAGUGCGUUCAUUGUUUUCACUUCUAUCAUUGUUGCAUGCGAUAACAUAGUUUCGCGUUAAAUAGAAGCAGUUUAUGUGAAUCGAAAUUUAGUAUAAAAUAUUACAAAAACAAAAUACUAAAAAUGUAUAUGUAUGCGCACUUUUGAACGAAAAGAAACGAAUUUUUUUACCUAUAACUUAGUUUAGCUUUUAAAUGUGGUACUUUUGUAAGUGUUAUAUGUGACAUGUAGAAUAAAAAUAAAAGAAAACAGUUGUUUUUAUAAAA